AUAUUUUUGUACCAUCUUGUAUGACAUUUAUAAAAUAUGAACAAGAAAUCGAUUCUGUGAAGGUUUAAUUCACAUUUUUUUAGCAGUGUCAGAUAAUCAAAUCGUAAACGGGGACGCCAAGAGAUAACCUCAUACUGACUUUCAAGAAGAUAAUAUGGAAAAGAAGUCAGUGUGAACGCAGUGGUUUAGAGGAGACCAAUAGAGACCAUUAUGAUCUAAGACAUUGUGAACGCUAACGACUGCAUUACAGGCUCCUGACAUUGACAAACACUGCAUUACAGGCUCCUGGCUUUGACAAACACUGCAUAACAGAUUUUGCCGAAACAUGUCAGUUGAAGUUUUACUGGAAAACGUCUUCACAGAUAUAGGAGAAGGUCCCCACUGGGACGAGGCAACACACACAUUGUAUUUUGUAGAUAAUAUUGCUCAAAGAGUUUUCUCAUGGAAUUAUAAAACUAAAGAAGUACAAAAGAUUCAGUUAGAUAAAUAUGUAGGGUUUAUAAUUCCACGUGCAAAGAAUGGCCAUGUGAUUGGUUAUGGAAAUACAAUAUCAGCAUUAGACUGGGAUACAAAGAACGUCAGUUUGAUCACAGAAGUUGAUACCAAUGUGGCUACAAAUGUGAAUGAUGCCAAGUGUGAUGCUAGAGGACGUUUAUGGUUUGGGACACUGGGGGUAGAAAUAUCUGCAGACGGAAAAGGAUCUUUGUUUUGUUUAUAUACUGAUGGUACAGUGAAGAAACAGAUGGAGAAAAUCGCAAUCUCUAAUGGACUGACCUGGACCUGUGAUAAUAAACGGAUGUAUUACAUAGACUCAAUACCCGGGAAAGUUUACGGCAUGGACUACGAUAUUGAAACAGGAACAUUUAGUAAGACAUUUAAUAACACAAAAGUGAUAAUAGACUUCAAAGCCAUAGGAACUCUAGGUUUCCCUGACGGAAUGACUAUUGACACAGAAGACAAGCUGUGGAUUGCUUGUUUUAAUGGUGGUAAAAUUGUAAGAUUUGAUCCUGAUACGGGUAAACAAUUAAAAUCCAUCGAUUUUCCCGCUAAAAGAAUUUCAUCUUGCUGCUUUGGUGGACCGAAUUAUGACGAAUUGUUUGUAACCUGUGGUCGAAUGGCUGCACCAGAAGAAGAACUGAAAGAAUUCCCACUCUCUGGUUCCCUAUUCAGAGUUACGGGCCUUGGUGUCAAAGGAUUAAAAGCGAGUGUUUAUCAAGGAUAAAGUACCCAUGGAUAACAUUUUGUCUAAUGAUACUAUUUGCAGAUUUUUUUUAUAUAUGACAUCGAAUGUAUGCACAUCAAUGACAAACGAUAGCCGUCAAUUUGACAAUAUAUACUUCUGUUCCGUAUUUUACAUCCUAUAUAUCGUGAAAAACUGAUUCGUUUGGUAUUACUAUAUAAGAAUAAGGAGAUGUGGGAUGUUAUCCAGCUAACUUGUUUCAUCCCGCCACAUUCUGUAUGUAUGCGCCUGUCCCAAGUCAGGAGCCUAUAAUUCAAUGGUUUAGACUCAUUUAAUGAUGUGUAACAUAUAAGUUUAUGUGACUAUAAUAAUAUCCUCUAAUGAAUAUUGCUUGUGUACAAUUUAUAUACUGGUCCAAGGACACAGUUAUCGUCCUUUGGUUUUCGUUGUCUCCGAAUAUAGUCCCUAGUGUAAACAGUGUAUAACUUGAAUGUUUUAUUUGAUACACUUUCCCAAUUUAUUUCCUGAUAUCAAUUGCAUGAAAUAUUAAGUAGGGGAUGUUAUUACAUGUCAAAAAAAAAAAAAUUGGGUGCUAAAUCUUUAUGUUAAGUAGUGAAUUGGUCCAGUUCUUAAAGGUCAAAUUGUUUCACGUCUGAAGCUGUCAAACUGAAUUUUACACCCCCUUAACACAGAAUUAUAAAUAUUUAGUUAGAGCUGGUAGAAGUUUCUAUAAUUUUGAUAUUAUUUGUCUCACUGGUAUUACACUACACUGUAAAAAUCUUUUUGAGAAAGAGCAGGUGCGAUUGUUUUAAUUUGAAUUUAUUGUCUAAAAGAAUUGCACUACGCAAUAACUGUGUUCUCGGGCCGACUGAGCCAAAAAAGUUUAGCAACACUUUUUUUCAAUUUUAUUUUGUUGUUUCUGGAUUUUUUUUCAACUAAACAUCAUUGAUAUAAUCCUUAGCUUUACCUGUAAAUUUAAAACGAAAUUGAAUUUUGUUUUGCACUAACGUUCAGAAACACACCAUUGGUAAGAAAACACAUAAAAGUUUGAAAAAAUUGCAUGGGGCGUCAACCAUGCAUGCCUCUCCGAAAAUGACCGUCAGAUGGUUCUGGGAAUUGUUGAUGCCGGCAUGAGUGUUGCUGACGUCGUGGCUUGAUUUAAUGUGCAUAAGUCAACAGUUAGGGACUAGCAAACGGAAAUCAACAAAUUGCAACAGCACAGGAUAGGUCGAUAUGUCGUAGACCAAAAUCAACCAUCGUCAAGGGAGGAGCGCUACCUUCGCUUUACGUCAACAUGUGGCAAUUUUUUUUCUGGCCACAAGAGUAGUGCAGUGACUAAGGGUAGCUGCUUGUGUUCCUACCAAUACUUCAUUGAUGCACUUAGAAUAUGGCCGAGAAAAUGAUUUUGAAUACCAUUAUACUCAUUUUCGCAUUUUGAGCCUCUCGCGCUCCAUACAAAAAAUAUCCUAAUGAAUAUGAGUGGUAAACAUUCAUGUUGCUUCUGACAUGUCAUAAUUUCAUUUUUUUAUUAUCAAAAUUAUAUUUUGUUAUGAUUUUGUGAUAAAAUAAAAUUUCAUAUUUUUGUUGCUAAAAUAUUUGGAUAAGUAUAUGUUGGUUACUAUUUUCCUUAAACCUUCCUUAGUUUGUAAGGAUAACUGGUAUACCCUAAAUCUGUGUAUCGUAGAUGUGCUCCACGUACGUCUACAGUAGUAUCCCCUGAUGCUCCACCACCUAAAACGAAUUUUUGGACCGGAAGUCCUAGUUCUCGUAUUGUAUCAUACAGUAAUUUGUGUGCUAGAAAUAUACAUAAAACAAGUACUAAGAUCAGUUUCAAUCAUAGGCAUGCAAUGAUUUGAUAACUAAAUUUCAAUAUUUAAUUAGAUAAAUGCAAUUCUAUAAUGAUGAUUCAUUUAAAUGUAACAAAAACUUGCCACUCCUUUCAGAUCAAAGAUUUUCUAUUUUAUUGUUUUAUACCACGCUCUAAUAAAUUUUCAACGACUAACGAAAAAUAGCAAAGUGACCCAUCCUUUUUAUUAAAUAUUUGAAAAGAGCAGUGUUUAUUUUCAUUUUGGCAAAGUAUAAGAAAAUGAUGUCUC